AGCAUCAGCAGCUCAAACCAAAGACAGACGCUGAGGCUGACCCUGAAGCUUCUAGACCCACAAGAUGAAAUCCGCUGUGAUUGGAUUUGUGGCCUGCCUGUUUCUCCUCUGUGCUCAAGCUCAGCCAGCCAACAGGUCCAAUAAAUGCAAGUGUUCCAGCAGCUUCCUGAACAGGGUCCGACUGCAGAGCAUCCUCACAGAGCCUGUUGUUUACCACCCAAGUACCUUCUGCCCCCGCACUGAGAUCAUUGUUACACUGGCAAACAAGGAAAAGUGUGUGGAUCCAAAGUCACGAAUUGGACAGCUUAUCUUGAAUCUGAAGAACAGAUCCAGAAAAACUGGAGCUGUGUACACAACGAUGGUUCCAGCUCACACUUCCACUUCAGGCUCAACACAGCAGGCGACAUCCAGACUGUAGAACUCAGUUCUGAAAGCUGAAGGUGCCGAGCACCAACUGUGCUUUUCUGUUUCACAAUAACACCACUCUAAAUGCAGCAAAUGUAGAAAAUACCCAGUGAUCAUGAUGGCCAGUUUCUUUACCUUCUGUAUACUUUAUUAUUCCUUGUUAAAAAGUCUUUAUAUACUUUGAAUGUAAAAUACAACUGUAUAGUUUUUAUAUACUCUACAGCUUUUAGAAAUUAGUUUUCUACUAUGGGAAAUAAAAACAACCUCAUACUU